UGCUGUAUAGGUUACAGGGUGUCCUUUACAUUCUGCGGCAAGAGCAGGAGAUAUGGCUUCUUUGAAGGGCACGGUGGAUGGUGCUGAAGAGGGUAAACUGCGUGAAGUGUUUGCAAAGCAGAAUCAAGGUGGAGAAACGGCACUUUAUGUUGCUGCUGAGUAUGGUUAUGUCGAUAUGGUUAGGGAGAUGAUUCAGUAUUAUGAUCUUGCUGAUGCUGGAAUUAAAGCGAGAAAUGGUUUUGAUGCACUUCAUAUUGCUGCUAAACAAGGGGAUUUAGAUAUAGUGAAGAUCCUAAUGGAAGCUCAUUCUGAACUGGCAAUGACUGUGGAUCCAUCCAACACUACAGCCUUACACACAGCUGCAACACAAGGGCACACUGAGAUAAUGAAAUUUCUAUUAGAAACAGGCAGUAGCUUGGCAGCCAUAGCUAGAAGUAAUGGCAAAAAAAGCUUUACAUUCUGCUGCAAGAAACGGACAUUUGGAGGUAGUGAAAGCGAUUCUCGAGAAGGAGCCUGGUGUUGUAACAAAAACUGA